AUGGACAAACUACCGCCUGAGCUUAUCGAAGACAUUAUCGUGGCGACAAUCUGCCUCUGUACUAAAAAUGAAGCUUUAGAGAUGCGUUUAGUUUGUCGAGAAUUUGACCUCAUCCUUAAACCAUAUGUUUGCGAUACAAUCGGCCUCGAACACUCGAAGUUUAGCAAGUCGAGUGGCAAGCCGAAACCUGUCACGCGGGCUCUCAAGACGAUAGGCAACCUCUGCCACAGCAUAUGCAUUGACCUUAUGGUUUUGAGAGAUCAAGCCGAGGUGGACUUUCUACGAUCUAUAGCCAACCUGCCGUCCAUGAAACCAUUCUGCGAUAUGCUUGUCGCCCGCUAUUGCAUGAACGAACAGUUCUUUACAGAAGAAGACUAUUUAAAACAGCUUGUUACGAUUUUAGACAACUGCCGCCAGGUCUCUCGACUGCGACUCAAUCUGCCGAUACAAGUGGUCAAAACAAGCUCCAGCUCCACGACCAUGAUUCUCGCCAACACACUCAAGGCGUUUGCCACGCGCCCGACAGACGAGGUAGAGGAGCGUGAUUCAUGGAGCAUGGAUAUUGUUGUGAUUGAAAACCUGACGGAUCUUGCCCUUUGCGACCUCUGGACCAACCCGAUAGACAUUGGGAAUAUUAGAACAGUGUUUAGCACCAUCCAAGCACUCAACCUGAAUCUCCGACGAUAUGUUACCAGAGAAGACGGGUCAAGGCGCUUCCAUGCGGCACUAUGGGGCACAAUACAGCAGGCUAAGAAGCUACAGACCCUCUGCAUUACAGAAGCCGUCGAUGAUAGGGCUGAGCGCCGUUCUGUCAAAGUGUCCAAGAUAUGGCACAUGGAUAUCCAAGAAUUUGACGCUAGACGAUUACGAAUCCCCGUUAGGAUUGAGCUGCCGCUGGUGCGUCUUGAGCUUUGCCACGUAGAACUAAGUCCUGCGUUCUUCGUCUCUCUCUGCUCCAACUUUCAGGACACCCUUGAGGAGCUGUACCUCAACGAUGUUUCCCUACAAAUACACCAGACGGCUACCGCAGAACCCUGCUUGUGGGUGGGAGUGCCGAAUGAUAUACCAGAGGAGCCCUCGAGCUACAUUGCCCCUUAUAUACGAAACCAAUUGACGAAGUUGCGGAUAUGUCGAGCUGCUUUUCUUGGCUAUCACGUAUAUAUUUCAGACGAACAAGAGCCGAUGAGCGACUUUGACUUUUAUGAUCCGUGCGGAAUGGCUCGCAACCUAUCGCAGCGAUUUGUGGAGGUAGUCACUGGUAUUAGACAACCUGUCAAUCGACACAAGGAGCCGGUCUUAUAUCUAAGCUGCGGGGAAGAUACACAGAUGCCUUUGACGGAGCGAAAGCGGCUCCGCCCUGAAGACUACGAUGUUAAUGCCUAUCAGUUGGCUGUUGAAAAUAGUACUUCAAGCUGGCGACAACGGCUAGACGGUAUCUAUCCCAAUGUGAAUCACGACGCGAUGAACGAGCUGCACAGUCUUGCGGCGCGCACAGAUAAGGAGCUCGACGAAGGCAGCCGAGAGCUGAGCAGGAGGGCACGCAUGGUGCAGCACCGUGAAGAUAACCCGUCGGAUGCGUGGGACGAGAAUGAUAACCCGGCAACAUGGGCCAUGACGCAGCCGCAGCUCCUGAUGCAGGAAGUAGCUUUGGGUCUGAGGGACGAAGCUGCGGCCUGGGCGGCUUUUGAUGGUGACGAAGACGAAGACGAUGACGAACAAGACAAUCAUGGGGAAGAAGCAGAAGAAAACGGUAUGUAG